UUGGCUCUUGGUGUCACAUGCAAAACCAACUUUGUUCACUUGACAGUAAGUAGGAGGGUUCUAGCAAACAGGAAAACGGCUGGGGCUAUAGGAAUAAAUUGUAGAUUAUUUUGAGUGCAAUUCAAAGAAAUAAUGACCAUGAGUUCGUUUUUGAUCAACUCCAACUAUGUGGACCCAAAGUUUCCACCUUGUGAAGAGUAUUCUCAGAGCGACUACCUUCCCAGCCACUCUCCGGGAUAUUACAGCUGUCAGAAAAGGGAGAACAGUUUUCAUCCUGAGGCUACAUACCCUCGAUUAGCCUUUACCAAAGAACCCUACUCCCCUUGUCAUGGCUCCGCGCGCCAGUUGUCUGUGUUGUCCCCCAGGACGCAGCCCCCCACUGGCUUUCUACCUGAGGAGGAUAAACACCAUUGCCAGCCUGCCACCCCAAGUACACCUCCAUCCUGCAGCCAAAUGUCCACAGACCUUAAGUCCAGUGACUCAUCAACCCGGGAUCCUGUUGUAUACCCUUGGAUGAAGAAAGUCCACGUCGCCACUGUAAAUCCUAACUACACUGGGGGAGAACCCAAGCGUGCCCGUACAGCAUAUACCAGGCAGCAAGUACUGGAGCUGGAAAAAGAGUUUCACUAUAACCGCUAUCUAAGCCGCAGACGCAGAGUGGAGAUUGCGCACUCGUUGUGUUUAUCUGAGCGUCAGAUUAAAAUCUGGUUCCAAAACCGGAGAAUGAAGUGGAAAAAGGAUCAUAAACUUCCAAACACCAAAAUCAGAUCUAACUGUAGUGGCAAUAUUCCCGUGACAGGGUCACCCCAAAGCAAGGACACAUUGGAAUGUCUUUAACUAUCCUGCAUGAUAAUAUGGGUUUAUUAACCCAUAGACUUCCAGAGAAGGCUGCUGACCUCUCUGGCAGUCAAGGGGUUAUGGCCAGAACAAAAGCUCUGGGACUUAUAAUAUAGACACUUUAUUUAUAUAAGGAAAGAUGGAACAGAGUUGGACACCUCAAGAGAAACCAUGUGUAGAUAGAUUUUAGAUCUGGGGAAGAUAGAUCUUUGUUUCAUCUCUAAUCAUGCCAAACCGGCCCAUUUGUCAUGUUUACACUACGGUACAAAGGAUGCACCUCUCCUGACAGAACCUAGACAACCAACGCUGGCUUUAAUAAAUGAGUCUGGGUUGUUGUUUUUAAAAAAUGCAAAAAAACCUGUUUUAUUUUCCUUUGUUGCUGUUCUGUUUUGGUUCUGACAAUGAGAACAGUUUUACUCAUAAAGGGAAUAUAUCUGGUACUGUUUGUUGUGUGUUGGAUAUUUCAGGUAUAGGAUCUGUUUGACAAUUCCUAUUCCUUCUUUGGGCCCUUCACUAAAUUAACAGAAAAUCAAACCCAGCAUUUUAGAUUUCACCAAGUACCAAACAAUGUGCUCAAAGUACUCAUAUACUCAGUGUGUAAUAAUGACGAUCAGUGACAACAAAGCACUGCAAAAACUACAGAAAAUGCAGAAAAGCAAAUAGCCCUGUACAUUCCUGUGAAAGCUGCCCAGCUCUUUGUAAAUAGUAUUACUAUUAUUAAUAAUAAAUAAAUACCUUUUUAAGUGGG